AUGUCGCAUUAUAAGGUCCUUCGACCUGCCACCGCGGCCGCAAGCAGGCUAGCAGGCAGCUCGAUAAGAAGCAGUGGCUACAUCUCCAGACAGACGCAGAAGCAGACAUUGCGACAUCAUUCGUCCGUAUCUGCCAAUGAAUUAUCACACUUCUCCGGACUCGCCAGCAGCUGGUGGGAUCCCAUGGGUCCUUCGAGGGUUCUUCACCUCAUGAMCCCUACCCGACACGACUUCAUCGCGUCUUGCCUCUCAGAAUCCGAGCUACAGACGAACACCCAACAUGGUCUACGAUAUCUCGACGUAGGCUGCGGAGGUGGCAUAUUCGCCGAAUCACUUGCUCGAACCCUCCCCUCUAAGACAUCUGCAAGACUACAUCCACGCACAAAAGCCGGGUCAAUCGUCGCCAUUGACCCUUCCACCAGCCUCAUCAAAAUAGCGCGUGACCACGCCAGCAAUGAUCCAGCAGUAUUUGCGCAUCUGCAGAGCGGUUCAUUUAAUUAUGAGAAUACUACGAUUGAAGCCUUGUCGCAAACCCGCGGCGAGAGCGACAAAGAGUUAUUUGACGUCAUUACCCUCUUCGAGGUCAUUGAGCACGUUGACCCGAGCACAUCCUCUUCCUUCCUGACGCAUUGUCUCAAACUCCUCCAACCGGGCGGAUGGCUCAUCGGGUCGACUAUUGCACGCACAGUCCCGUCUUUCAUCGUCAACAAGAUGGUCGCAGAAGCGCCAUGGCCGAUUGGCGUGGUGCCUUGGGGUACGCAUGAAUGGAGUAAAUUCGUGAAUGCAGAUGAGAUGCGUGGAUGGGUUGAGGAAGGUCUGAUGAGAGCGGCGGAUGGAGCGGCUUAUCGGGCCGGUGGUGAGGCGUUGGUGGGGAUGAAGUGGAAGGUUGCUGGGGUUGUGUAUGUGCCUGGGUUGGGGUGGAAGAUGGUUAAUGGAGGGGAGGAUUGGGGAAAUUACUUUUGGGCUGUUCGGAAGGGUGUAUGA